AUGAUGCGCAAAGAAGUUCGCUGUCAUGAAAAUGCCACAGUCGUCGCUGUCGCGUGCCUGACGCUGGCAAGGGCAAAAUUCCAGCUCUAUCGCAGGCCAGAUGCGACGGACCCGCUUCCACAAAUCUCUGUGAACCGCCCAAGACGGCGCAGAGUCGAAGAUCCGGAGAAGCAGUCCCUCGCCUGUUCCAUCACAAGACGCACUGGAGAGGAUGCCUGCGAUCCAGUGGUGGUGGCUAAAGAGGGGGACAUACAAUGUGCCGUGCGCCAUCAGGCGGGCUUCGAUCUUCCGCUUGAGGGCAGAGACAGCGGGGUUGGAGAGGGGGUCAAGGACACCACGUGGCGCAAGGUCGGGUAA